GCCUGGAGGGCUCUUGCCAGCCAUGCUGCGCAUCGUCGGGGGCGGGAGAGCCCUGCUCCGGAUCCUGCGCGCGGGUCAAGUCGAGUUGGCCGGGCGCAGCGCGAGGAGGAAGCUCUCCGCCAUGUCUUCACAGGCUCAUUGGUUGACCACAGAAGAAAGGAACCAAGUUUUAUACGAUCUCAAAGCUACUGGUUGGUCUGAGCUCACAGAAAGAGAUGCCAUAUACAAGGAAUUCAUCUUCAAAUCAUUCAAUCAGGCAUUCGGUUUUAUGACUCGGAUUGCUCUUCAGGCUGAAAAAAUGAAUCAUCACCCUGAGUGGUUUAAUGUCUACAAUAAGGUCCAAAUAACUCUCAUUUCCCAUGACUGUGGUGGGCUGUCGAAGCGAGAUGUCAAACUGGCUCAGUUUAUUGACAAAGUGGCUGCGUCUGUCUAACCAGUGGAUGUUGAAAUCAGUGUUGAAGCAGCAUUUCCUUCCCUCUGUGUUAUAUGAGGCCAUCAUUCUCAUCUCUCUUUCUCUCUUACUUUCUGAAAUAUGUUGAUCCUCAAGUUCCCCCAUCGUUUCAAAGGCUGAAAUACAAGCAUAGAGAGAUUUGUUGGAUGUGCAGCAUAUUUGCAGACAAGACAUUUGGGCGAAGAAGAAUUAUGUGUGCUGAGCUCCUUGCUGCUUGUAUAACUGCAUAUGACUAUACACUAUAAUUACUAUACCAAUUGAUAAUUGUUUCCAGAGAGCAGAAGUUAAAAGCUAAAUCACUUGCUUCAUUCCUUUUAUUAAAGGCUGGCUUUUGUCCUUUCCAUUCUUUAGACCAUGAUUUAGACCAUGAACUUUUACCUUGGAGAUGUUUUGGACUCCUUAGCUAGGGGAAUCCCUAGCUAGCAUGACCUGUGCUAAUGACUUAUGGGUUUUGUAGUCCAAAAUAUUUUGUGGGCCAAAGGUUCCCCAUCCUCUGAUAUUUAGAGAUCUAUAUGACUCAGAUUCUAGACGUCUAAAGUGCCAUAUUCUCUGGUACUAGCCUAGUCUAGUUUUGACAUUUUGUAGGGAGUCUCUUCUCUUAUUCUGCUAUCCUCAUAUGUCCAUUUGGUUCUUAGUUAGGCUUCUUUCUAGGCUGUGGGAUCUCCCAUCCAAUAAAUUUUAGGCUCCCAGCUUCACAUCAUUGUAUUGUCCUCCUUCUACCAAGCAAAUAA